AUGGUCAAUGCAUUGCGCAUGUCUGCGAAAGAUUUUGCCAUCUUUGUGCCGUCAUAUUCACUCGCUCCUCACGCACAGUAUCCCACCCAGCUAGUUGAAGGGCUCGACGUAUUACGGUUUUUGAUUGAAGAGGAAGGUAAGCUCGCCAGCAACAUUGUGAUUGGAGGUGACUCUGCUGGUGGAAAUCUGGUUCUUGGGAUUUUGUCACACAUCUCACAUCCACAUCCCCGAAUCUCUGGGGGUUUUGUCCCAGAUGAACCGUUUGCUGGAGCCUUGAUGUUAUGCCCUUGGGUAACGUUUGACCAGAGAUGGCCAUCUGUUGAGCGGAAUAGAAUGAAAGAUAGUAUUCCGCUCCUUCCUAACAGCAUCCAUGCUAAGUACUUUCUGGGAAACAUGCCUUCAGACUGGUACAAUGAACCUCUCAAAGCACCACUGGAGUGGUGGAUGGACCUGAGUGCACGUCGACUACUAUUGCUCACAGGGGAGGACGACAUUAUGGUCGAUUCUCACCAAGCUUUUGCGAAGAUUCUUGCGACUGCAAAUCCCUACAACAUGGAAACCGUGGUGGCACCAAGGGAAGGUCAUGUCGCUCCAGUGUUGGAUCUAAUGCUUGGGGAUCGGAGAGAAUUCGCGAGCAGCAAAACUAUGAAGGAAUGGUUGUUAUCAUGCUUAUAG